AUGAACACCCGCAGCGACAGCAGCAGCAGAAGCAGCAGCAGCAAAAACAGGGGCAGCAGCAGCAAUGAGCGCAGCAGCAACAGCAGCAGGGGCAGCUGCAGCCAGCGCUCCACUGCUGCGGACAGCAGCAGCAGCAGCAGCAGCAGAAGCAGCAGCAGCGACAGCGACGGGCCCCCAGCUGCUGCAGCAGCAGCAGCUGCUGUUCCUUUGCGCAGCAAGAAGCCGCUGGCAGCAAAUUCGGAAAUCUGCGGGCGUCCCUUCCACCGGCUGCGGCUGACCGCCUUGCUGCUGCUGCUGCUGCUGCUGCUCGUGCUGCAGCAGCAGCAGCAGCAGCAGCAGCAGCAAGAGGAGCAGCAGCAAGAGCAGCAGCCACCCGAGCAGCAGCAGCAUUUCCUGCAUGAGGCCCCCUAUGGGGGCCCCCCAAAGCUGCGCAGCACCGCUCGCCAGGCAGCAGCAGCAGCAGCAGCUGCUGCUGCUGCUGCAGCAGAGGAAAACGACAGACUGGAUAGCUUCGAGGACGACUCCGUGGCAGACGCAGCAGCAGCAGCUUACCAAGCAGCAGCAGCAGCAGCAGCAGCAGCAGCAGCAGCAGCAGCAGCAGCAGCAGCACGCGGCGGAAGUCCAGAAGUGCCCCCGGGCGUGUCUCCAGUGCAAAGCUGGCAGAUCCUCACCUACCCCCGCAUUGCCGACUGCAGCAGCAGCAGCAGCAGCAGCAUCAGCAGCAGCAGCAGCAGCAGCAGCAGCAGCAGCAGCAGCUCUUUUGUGCUGCUGGCCAUAUACACGCGGGCCACCGAAUUUGAACUAAGAGACUUCAUUAGGAGACACUGGGGCCGUUCGGGGCGUGUGGGGUCGAUGGGGGUGCAGCGGGUGUUUGUGGUUUGUGCUGCUGCUGCUGCUGCUGCUGCUGCUGCAGUUGCUGCGGAAGCAGCAGCAGCAGGGGACGUGCUGCUGCUGUCGGUCCCCGACAGCUACUCCUCCUUAGCAGCAAAAACCCUCACCGUGCUGCAGUGGCAAGCAGCAGCAUGUCCUGCUGCUUCCUUCUUGCUGAAGGUGGACGGGGACGUGCUGCUGCAGCAGCGGCGGCAGCUGCUGCUGCUGCUGCAGCAGCUGCAGCAGCAGCAGCAGCAGCAGCCCCUGCUGCUCGGGGACCUCAAAGAGGGGCCCUUUGGGGGCCUCGCGCAGCGCAGCAAAUCAAAUAAAAGCCACCAGCCUUUAGAUAUAUAUCCUUACAGUUACUACCCCAGUUAUGUGUUGGGGGGGAUGUACAUUUUGUCUGCUGCUGCUGCUGCUGCUGCAGCAGCAGCAGCAGCACAGCUGCCCGAAGUCUUCAACGAAGACACACUUGUGGGCCUGGCUCUCCGCCUCUUCGGCGUUGCGCCGCAGCAGCUGCCGCUGCCGCUGCAGUUUUUUAGCAAGCCCAACCCGCUCGAGCAGCAGCAGCCUGCUGCUGCUGCUGCUGCUGCUGCUGCUGCUGCUGCAGCAGCAGCAGCAGAGCCCGGGGAAGACCCCGAGGAGCACCGCCACUUCUGCUACCUCGCCAGAUUUGCUGCUGUUCAUUCUGUGUCUCUUUUUACUCUCAAGAGAUACUACAAAUGGAGGCAGCAGGGGGGACACACGCGCUGCAGCAGCUGCGGCAGCAGCAGCAGCAGCGGCUACAGCAGCUGCUGCUGCUGCACGAGCAGGGCCUGCAGCUACAACAGCACUCGCAACUGCAGCAGCAGCAGCAAGUGCUGCCCGUAG